AUGGUUUAAACAGAGGAAUUGAAUGAAACUUAUGAUUUUAAUACUUAAGAUUCAAUGACAGAUGACAAAUAAGACCAAGAGUUUUAGCAAAAAACAAAUUAGCUUACUAAUAUUAAUUUGCCAUAAACUUAUACCCAGCAUUCUGCAAGCUCUACUAGAUUUAUUAAUGUGUAUGAUUAUGACAGUUAUCCAAGUGUUAAAGAAGCUGCGGAUAUGUUUGAAAAAAUAGUAAAAAACGAUCUUUUCUUACAAUUAUAAGAACAAAGUAAUGAUUAUAUAUAAAAAAAUACAUCUGUUUAGCUAAAAUUGUAGUUAAAUUAAAAUUCUAGUGAGAGCUUAGAAAUAGACAAUACUACAAAUUAAGUAAAGUUUAUAUAAAAACUGGCAGAGGUAUCCAAUAAUUAAGUAUUAAUCGAGUUUGUUGAUACUGAUUAAAUGUAUUACAUAUAGGAUAAAGGAGGUAUUUAGCCAAUUUAUGUUAAAUUCAAGGAAGAUUUCUAAAUUCCUUUAUUUGUUGAUUCUAUUUUAAGGAUAGGAGACUGCGAAUUCGAGCUCAAUUAAGUUUGCUAUGACUAAGAAAAAAAGAGAUACAUGGAUACGACUUUCAAAAGAAAGUGUUUAGAGCCAUUACCAGAGUCUUAAGAAUAUUGA